GUACAUAGAGUGAGUGACACACCUUGGGACAAGAGGAAGACAGGUGACGGGAUGGACGGGAUGGUCUCAGACUCUCAGUCGUCCAGCUGAAGACCCCCCGGGGCGGGGCUUGCCCUGUGAGGUACUCCGGCAGGAGACAACAGCGCCAAGCAGGAGCGGGGUGGUCUCCUGCUGCACUCCGCAAUCCAUCCAAAGGUUUCCAUUGCACACUUGACCCCUCUCAGUGCAACCCUCGACGACCUAUUCCAACCUUCCCGUCUGCAGCACGUCAUCUUCUUCUCUGUGUUUUUUUUAGGAACUGCUUUUCUUUUGGUUACCUCGGUAGGUAUUUGUCUAGAUACAUACCAACUCCAAUCCCACCAUUUAAAAAGGGUCCACAACCCGUUGCCCCUCCACGGCUCCAAGUCCCACCAGUUCAACCCAGCCAGCGUUUCAUCACGUCGUAGCCUUGUUGUCCAUUCUCCAACAACAACAACAAAGUAGUAGCCAUUUGUUGUUUUCUGUCCAUCCUAGACCAACAAUCAAUCAUCAUGAACGGCAACCAGCAAGAAACCGGCCUCCCCCCUCACUGGGAGGUCCGUCACUCCAACUCCAAGAACCUGCCCUACUACUUCAAUUCCGUGGACCGCACCUCGAGGUGGGAACCCCCCGCCGGCACCGACCCCGAGAAGCUCAAGGUGUACAUGGCGACCUACCACUCGGCCAAGGCGCCUCUUCCCACCGGCGACGCCCAGUCCGGCAAGAUCAGGGCGGCGCAUUUGCUGGUCAAGCACAGGGACAGUCGCCGGGCGUCCAGCUGGAAGGAGGCCGAAAUCACCCGGUCCAAGGAGGAAGCCAUGUCGAUUAUCAAGGCACACGAGCAGAGGAUCAAGAGUGGGGAGAUCACCUUGGGGGAGUUGGCCCUGUCGGAAUCAGACUGUAGCUCGGCGCGCAAGAGGGGCGACCUGGGUUAUUUCGGACGCGGGGACAUGCAGAAGGAAUUUGAGGAUGCUGCUUUUGCGCUGCAGAAGGGAGAGAUCUCGGGGGUGGUUGACACGGCGAGUGGGUUGCACUUGAUUGAGAGACUUGAGUAGAGAUGGGGACGUGUAUGGAUCGAAAAAGAAAUUGGGUGAAAGGCAUCAAUUACAGGAUGAGAGGGUAUCUGAGGUCCAGUCUCAGUAGCCAACAGAGGACAUCGGGUCGACAAUAGAUCAGCAUUGCUCUCUGCAAAAUGCCUGCCCCGG